AGGUUACUUUCUGUUUUGUCUCCGCGGCCGCACGGAACGUUUGUCUGUUACCGUGUCCUUGUUAACUGUUUGCACGUUUGUCUGUGUUCCUAUGUCCUUGCUAACUGUUUGUGCAUUUGUCUGUGUUGUUGUGUCCUUGUUAAUUGUCUUUACUGUCUGUGUCUUGGUGUGGAUUGGGGACAUAAUGGGGGAGACAGAAACCACUCCCCUAUCUCUUAUGCUCUCUCACUUCUCGGAUAUUAGGGAAAGAGCUCGUAUUCUGAGCGUAGACAUACGGAGAGAGAGGUUCCAAAUUUAUUGCAUAUCAGAAUGGCCAACCUUUGACGUGGGAUGGCCCCAGGAAGGAACUUUUCACCUACCUACUAUCUUACAGGUUAAGGCCGUGAUCUUCAGGGACAAACCGGACGGCCACUCUGACCAGGUGCCCUACAUCCUGAUCUGGCAGGACAUGAUCGAGAAUCCUCCUCCUUGGCUAAAACCAUUUUUAGCCCCCAAAGCAGGACCCAUGGAGAUUCUAGCCCUGCGGAAAGCCAAAAGAAACCGACUCUAUGCCCGAGGCACCCCUUCGUCCGGUCUUCCAGGAUUCCUCCCCGGAGGACCUGAUUCUCCCGCCGCCCUACCGGGCACCGCCCCCCCUUCCGCCCCUCCAUUGGAGGCAUCGGGGGCUGCAGAAGGGGCGCCACCCCUCCCUGACCAGGGAGUCCCUGUGCACGGGCCAGCAGCGGGGACACACGGUCGGACCCACCGGCGGCCCCACCUCCGAAUGCAGGGCUGGCUGACUCCACCGCCCUUCCUCUCCGCACCAUGAGGCCCCCCCAAUGAGACUGGCGAACAGCUAAUGUUAUAUUGGCCAUUCUCCACCAGUGAUUUAUAUAAUUGGAAAACCCAAAUGCAAAGUUCUCUGAUAAUCCGAGAGAUCUAAUCAGGCUUUUAGAUACUGUUCUCUCUACCCACCAGCCUACUUGGGAUGACUG